AUGCAUCCAUUUCUUCCUUAUGUAAUUAUUUCAGAUGUACAUGAGACGAUAUCACAUGUGCUUUUGUCAAAUAUUAAACCGGAAAACAUCAAAUCCAAUUUACGCAAAUUCACUAAAGAGCCUCAUUUGGCCGGGACGGAAGCUAAUAAGCGAGUUGCUCAUGAUAUAGCUCAACUAUGGAGCGAUUUUGGAUUGGAAGAUGUCCACACCGUUCCCUACGAAGUUCUGCUCUCGUAUCCUGAUUUCAAUACUCCAAACCGCAUAACUAUCAUGGACGGUGAAGGUAGAGAGGUCUUCAGGAGUUCAGGUGUAAGCCCAGUCAUAAUUCCUGAUGAACAAGGAGGAAAAUACGCCGGUCAUCAAUGGUUAGCCUAUUCUGCCCCUGGAAGAGUCACUGCUGAGGUGGUAUACUGUAAUCGAGGACUCAAACAAGAUUUUGACAAUUUAAAAAGGAUGGGAAUCGACCUAAAGGUCAGUAGCUGUUAUUAA